GGAUGUCAUCUGGUCUCUUAUGUAAGAGGCCUGGGCGGGGAAUGGCUUUGGUGCUUGAACGCAACACACCUGACCAGCCGCCAUAGUUUUGCCGUCCCUCGCGAGUUGUGGUGCCACCGGAGUGUUGUGGUCAUUAGGCGGCUCGUCAGGGAGAGAGAGAGAAACUGAGGCACUGAUGGUUGUACAGGGGGAUUCCAGUGCCCCUUUGCAGAGCAGGGCUAUGUCCUCGGCAGCCACCACGUCUCCAUCUGUGGACAAAGUGGACGGAUUUUCACGGAAGUCUGUCAGGAAGGCCAAGCAGAAGCGGUCGCAGAGCUCGUCCCAGUUCCGCUCCCAGGGCAAACCCAUCGAGCUCACGCCCUUGCCACUGCUCAAGGACGUGCCAGCGCCGGAGCAGCCCGAGCUGUUCCUGAAGAAGCUGCAGCAGUGCUGUACUGUCUUUGACUUCAUGGACACGCUGUCGGACCUCAAGAUGAAGGAGUACAAGCGCUCCACGCUCAACGAGCUGGUGGACUACGUGACCGUGAGCCGGGGCUACCUGACGGAGCAGGCCUACCCGGACGUCGUCAAAAUGGUGUCUCACAACAUAUUCCGGACCCUUCCGCCCAGCGACAGUAACGAGUUUGACCCUGAGGAGGACGAGCCCACGCUCGAGGCCUCCUGGCCGCACUUACAGUUGGUUUACGAGUUCUUCAUCCGGUUCUUGGAGAGUCAGGAAUUCCAGCCCAGCAUUGCCAAAAAGUACAUAGACCAGAAGUUUGUCCUACAGCUCUUGGAGUUGUUUGACAGCGAGGAUCCUCGGGAGAGAGACUACCUGAAGACAGUCUUGCAUAGAAUCUACGGCAAAUUCCUGGGGCUGAGGGCUUUUAUACGAAAACAGAUCAAUAAUAUUUUUCUACGUUUUGUUUAUGAGACGGAGCACUUCAACGGGGUGGCUGAGUUGCUGGAGAUCCUGGGGAGUAUAAUCAAUGGUUUCGCUCUGCCACUGAAAGCAGAACAUAAACAGUUUCUGGUCAAAGUGUUGAUCCCCCUCCACACUGUCAGGAGUCUGUCCCUCUUCCACGCACAGUUGGCGUAUUGCAUUGUACAGUUCCUAGAGAAAGACCCAACAUUAACAGAACCAGUCAUCAGAGGCUUACUGAAGUUCUGGCCCAAAACCUGCAGUCAAAAAGAGGUGAUGUUUCUAGGGGAACUGGAGGAGAUCCUGGACGUCAUCGAACCAACACAGUUCGUGAAGAUCCAGGAGCCGCUCUUCAAACAGAUCUCCAGAUGUGUCUCCAGCCCACAUUUCCAGGUGGCCGAGCGCGCUCUGUACUACUGGAACAACGAGUACAUCAUGAGUCUGAUCGAGGAGAACUCCAGCGUCAUCCUGCCCAUCAUGUUCGCCAGCCUCUACAGGAUCUCCAAAGAGCACUGGAACCCGGCGAUCGUAGCGCUGGUGUACAACGUCCUGAAGGCCUUCAUGGAGAUGAACAGUACUUUAUUUGAUGAACUCACAGCCACUUACAAGUCGGACCGCCAGCGUGAGAAGAAGAAGGAGAAGGAGCGGGAGGAGCUGUGGAAGAAGCUGGAGGACUUGGAGCUGAAGCGCGGCCUUAGGAGCGACGGGAUCAUCCCCACUUAACGAAGACAGCGCCGCGCUCCCCCCCACCCCCCCCCCGACUCU